AGAUCCAGGGCUCAACAGUGUAGGAGCAGUGCACCUUCAGCCUUCGAUUGCAAGCCAUGUCGCACAUGUCCAAGAUGUCAUCCGCCUUGGCGCUGGCAGCCGUCGGCUUUGUUUUCCUCAAUGCCAGCAUUGUCUUUGUGGCUCCCGGGGCAUUGGCACCGAAGGGUGCACAGGCGACAGGCUUUCAAUCAGAGGCAGCCUCAGAGUCGUGGGAUGCUUCCUCGACAUCCAGCUUCCCCGUGUGCAGCAUGGCACUACUAGCCACUGCUGCAGGACUCAUGGCUCAUGGUCGUACAUCCAAGGUGGCCCGAAAGGCCUUGCAUGGCAUCAAGUUCCCUUACUCCUUGCAGAGAGAUUCCCAUGCUGACUUGGAGUACCUCAACGAUGUGGGAUACUUGCCAGAUGGCACCCCGAUGAACCGGGCUGGAAACGCCAUCAACCAUCCGGAGAACAUCCAGCCUGAUCCCCACACACCUGGCGCACCUCUCCCAAGGGCAGAGUUCACCAAUUCGGUGGGCUAUUUGCCCGAUGGUACGCCUAUGAACGCGGCUGGGAACGCGCUGAACCACCCUGAGACCAUGCAGCCAGACAUGCACGCUCCUGGUUCUCCUUUGCCCACCUCUUUCUAUACUGCGGACGUGGGCUACCUUGUGGAUGGCACUGACUUGGUGACUGCAGGCAACAACGCUGUGAGGGCCGGUGCUGUGCCCCCGGCUCCAGCUGCAGCAUCAGCCCCGCAGCAGGUGCGGGUAAGAAACAACUCACAAACCCAACGUGCUUGCUGCAAUCCACUGAAAGCUUUUGGGGGUUUUGUGGAGCACACAUCUAUUUCAGUGCCCAAGGUGGCGGCUGCCUUUGUCGGAGUUUCCACCCAGGCCUCCGCGCCAGUGCGAAAAGCCGGUGGCUUUGCCUAUGCCAUUCAGAAGGACGCGUAUGUGGAUUUGGAGUUUGGAAACGAUGUGGGCUACUUGCCAGAUGGCACGCCAAUGAACCGGGCAGGCAAUGCCGUCAACCACCCGGAGAACAUUCAACCAGACCCUCAUGCUCCUGGAUCUCCACUGCCCCGUGCCAUCUUCGUGAAUGAUGUGGGCUACUUGCCAGAUGGCACACCUAUGAAUCGAGCAGGAAAUGCUAUUAACCAUCCUGAGACGCUUGGCCCUGACCCUCAUUCUCCAGGCUCGGCCUUGCCUGAAUCGGCCUAUGCCGCAGACAUCGGAUACCUUGUCGACGGUACACCCCUCGAUGCUGCUGGCAACAACGCCGUGCACUGAGCAGCUGGUGUUGAGACAAGAACUCACGCCGUGAAGUCAAUAUCCUAGUGUGAAUGCAUCUCCUGCCAGGAAAGGUGUGGAGCCUAUCCGUGGCACUUGUGCUGCAGCCGGUCGAGGGCUGUACAGCAUAAUCAUAAUCCCAUUUUGGUGAAUAGUGGGGCAGUUUGGCACAUGCCAAUAAGUAGGAAUCUGUAAUCUUCGAAUCUUCGACAUUUCUCCAGGUGAGAACUUGCCCUUCGAGGACAAAAA